AUGGAGAAAGGUCAUUUUAUUGUUUCAGAAGAGGCAGCAAAGCAACUGGCUGAGUUGAAAUUUAAGCUUCAAGAAGCUGAACGUGAAAAUACCAAUCAUCAGGGCAGUAUAAUCCGAGUAGAAGGUCAAAUGAAACGAUUCAAAGCCAACGCUGAAGCGCUUGAAAAGGAGUUAGAUGAAGUAAAAACACAAAAUCGGCAGCUCAAGAAAGACGUAAGUUGUAGUUUUCCUUAA